CUGGACGUGAUUGAGGUCAUAUGCAUCGUGGCGUCGACGUGAUUCCAGUCGGACUCAUUUUGAAAAGUGCUAGUGGCAAAGAGAGGAAGAUGGGGGGUGGAAGGAGUACGGCAGGUAUCGUUCUACAUUCGCUGAUUCUGUCUUACGCAGCCAACAAUAUAUGACCGCUCGAUUUGAGAAGAACGGCGCCACUAGGAGGAGGAGGAGGAGGAGAAGGAGGAGGAGGAGGAGGAGCUCUGCUGGUUUGGCGUACAGGCUGUUGAGAAAAUGGGAAAGAAUGACUUCUUAACUCCUAAAGCCAUUGCCAAUCGGAUCAAGGCCAAGGGCUUGCAGAAGCUGCGAUGGUAUUGUCAGAUGUGUCAGAAGCAAUGCCGAGACGAAAAUGGAUUCAAGUGCCACUGCAUGUCAGAGGGGCAUCAGCGACAAAUGCAGGUGUUUGGUGACAACCCCGACCGGUUUGUGGAUGCCUAUUCCCAAGAGUUCGAGGAUUCAUUUCUUGAGCACAUAAAGAGGAGCCAUCGCUUCAGUCGUGUCUCAGCAAAUGUGGUUUACAACGAGUAUAUUACGGACAGACACCAUAUCCACAUGAAUGCGACCCAAUGGCUCACGUUGACUGAGUUUGUCAAGUACUUGGGACGUACGGGAAAAUGCAAAGUGGAGGAGACCCCCAAAGGCUGGUUCAUGACCUACAUUGAUCGAGAUCCGGAGAUUGUUCUGAAAGAGAAAUUGAAGUCGAAGAGGCACAAAGCUGAGCUGGCAGAGGAAGAGAGACAUGAAAAAAUGUUGCUGGAGCAGGCAGAGAGAGCAGCAAAGCAAGCAAAACUCGGCGAAACCUCGCAGCAGAAGGUGAUGCCAUCGGAGUUGCAGAGAGAUGGGUCAGCGGAUGGAAAAGUCGCAUUCUCACUCGGAAUGGUGGGGCCGUCGGCUGCAAAGCCCGGGGCGAGCCAGGCGAGUGCUUCGUCUCAUUUACCUGAAGGCAGCGAGUGUCCGAAGCCAAAGCCGAAGCCAAAGCCGAGCAUUUUCGCGCAAGAUGAGGAUGAUGAGAAAAUGAGCGCAAGUCAAAAUAGCCGCGACAAGGACGGAAAAGGCGCCAAAAAUGAAGGGUAAUGCUCUGAUGUUGCUGCAUCGUCUGCUCCAACCAACUUCAUCUUUCUCUUUCUUUUUUUCUUUCUUUUUUUCUUUCUUUGUUUCUUUCUUUGUUUCUUUCUUUGUUUCUUUCUUUGUUUCUUUUUUUUGUUUCUUGUUUUGUUUUGUUUUUUGUUUGUUUUUUGUUUUGCAAGGAACAUGAAUGUGGACGAAGCACAGAAAUCCAGAUUGCAAAAUCACACUGAAGUCCAAGUAGUCAAAGCAAGAGCAGAUAGCACAAUGGAACCRAGUAACCAUCCAUUUGAGAACGAUACAGAAGAAUCGUGAGUCAAUGUCCAAGCCCAAUCG